AUGGGUGCCGGCCGGAGGCAGCUGGCCCUGCUCUGGGCCCUGGGCCUCACUCUGGCCUGUGCCCAGCACACAGGCCAGGCCCGGGACAGCGCUGCAGAGCUCGGCUAUGAGUACCCGGACCUCCCUCCUGCCCCCCAGGGGCCUGGCGGCAACUCCCUCCGCGGGGUGACCAUCCACCCGCCUCUGAGGAGCAGCCCCCUGGUGCGAGCCCUGAACGCGGCGCACGGCGGGCGGGUGUGCAGCACGUGGGGCGACUUCCACUACAAGACCUUCGACGGCGACGUCUUCCGCUUCCCCGGGCUGUGCAACUACGUCUUCUCCGCGCACUGCGGUGCCGCCUACGAGGACUUCAACCUCCAGCUCCGCCGCGGCCCAGGCCCCAACGCCACCGCGCCCAGCAGGGUCACCAUGAAGCUUGACGGCAUGGUUGUCGAGCUGACAAAGGGCUCCGUGCUGGUCAACGGCCGCCCAGCUCAGCUGCCCUUCAGCCACUCCGGAGUCUUCAUUGAGCAGAGCAGCAGCUACGUGAAGGUGGCGGCCAAGCUGGGCCUGGUCUUCAUGUGGAACCAGGAUGACAGCCUUCUGCUGGAGCUGGACGCCAAGUACGCCAACCAGACCUGCGGGCUCUGCGGAGACUUCAAUGGCGUCCCCAUCUUCAACGAGUUCUUCUCCCACAACAUCAAGCUGACCCCCACCGAGUUUGGGAAUCUGCAGAAGAUGGACGGCCCCACGGAGCGGUGUCAGGACCCCGCCCCUGAGCCCCCCACGAACUGCUUGACCGGUUUUGGCAUCUGCGAGGAGGUGUUGAGCAGCGAGCUCUUCUCGGACUGUGCCGCCCUGGUGGACACCAGCAGCUACCUGGAGGCCUGCCGGCAAGACCUCUGCCGCUGUGACCAGGCCAACCCCAGCAGCUGCCUCUGCCACACGCUUGCCGAGUACUCACGCCAGUGCUCCCACGCCGGGGGGCUGCCCCUGGACUGGCGGCGCCCCCAGCUCUGCCCCCAGACGUGCCCCCUCAACAUGCAGUACCACGAGUGCGGGUCGCCCUGCGCGGACACCUGCUCCAACCCCGAGCGCUCCCCGCUCUGCGAGGACCACUGCGUUGCCGGCUGCUUCUGCCCCGAGGGGACGGUGCUGGAUGACAUUGGCCAUGCUGGCUGCAUCCCGGUGCCCCAGUGCUCCUGUGUGUACAACGGGGCCACCUACACUCCAGGGACCGGCUACUCCACAGACUGCACCAACUGCACCUGCUCUGGAGGCCGGUGGAGAUGCCAGGAGGUGCAGUGCCCAGGCACCUGCUCGGUGCUGGGCGGUGCCCACUUCUCCACGUUCGACGAGCGGCAGUACACGGUACAUGGGGACUGCAGCUACGUGCUGGCCAAGCCCUGUGACAGCAGCGCCUUCACCGUGCUGGCCGAGCUGCGCAGGUGUGGGCUGACCGACAGCGAGACCUGCCUGAAGAGCCUGACGCUGAUCCUGGGCGGGGGGCACAUGGUCUUCGUGGUAAAGGCCAGCGGGGAGGUGUUUGUGAACCAGAUCUACACCCAGCUGCCCCUCUCGGCAGCUAACAUCACGCUCUUCAGACCCUCCACCUUCUUCAUCAUCGCCCAGACCCAGCUGGGCCUGCAGCUGGACGUCCAGCUGGUGCCCGUCAUGCAGGUGUUCGUGAGGCUGGCGCCCCAGCUCCGGGGGCAGACCUGCGGCCUGUGCGGGAACUUCAACCGGAACCAGGCCGACGACUUCCGGACCGUCAGCGGCGUGGUGGAGGGCACGGCCGCCGCCUUCGCCAACACCUGGAAGACCCAGGCCGCCUGCCCCAACGUCAAGAACGGCUUCGAGGACCCCUGCUCCUUCAGCGUGGAGAACGAGAAGUACGCUCAGCGCUGGUGCUCGCGGCUGACAGACCCCCACGGCCCCUUCGCCCGGUGUCACGCUGCUGUGAACCCCAGCGCCUACUACUCGAACUGCAUGUUCGACACGUGCAGCUGCGAGAAGAGUGAGGACUGCAUGUGCGCGGCCCUGUCCUCCUACGUGCGGGCCUGCGCUGCCCGGGGUGUGCUGCUCGGCGGCUGGCGGGACGGCGUGUGCACAAAGCCCAUGACCACCUGCCCCAAGUCGCUGACCUACCUCUACAACAUCAGCACCUGUCAGCCCACCUGCCGGGCCCGGAGUGACGCGGACGCCACCUGCAGCGUCAGCUUCGUUCCCGUGGACGGCUGCACCUGCCCUGACGGCACCUUCCUGGAUGAUAUGGGCAAGUGUGUGCCAGCCACCAGCUGCCCCUGCUACCGUGGGGGCUCCGUGGUCCCCGAUGGGGAGUCGACGCACGAGCAGGGGGUCAUCUGCACCUGCACCCAGGGCACACUGACUUGCAUCGGAGGUCACGCCCCAGCUCCAGUCUGUACCCCACCAAUGGUCUACUUCGACUGCCGCAAUACCACGCCUGGGGCCGCUGGGGCCGGCUGUCAGAAGAGCUGCCACACCCUGGACAUGGACUGUUACAGCUCCCAAUGUGUGCCGGGCUGUGUGUGUCCCCACGGGCUGGUGGCCAAUGGCGACGGCGGCUGCAUCCCUGUGUCCGACUGCCCUUGUGUGCACAACGAGGCCAGCUACCAGCCAGGCCAGAUCAUCCGGGUGGGCUGCAACACCUGCACCUGUAAGAGCAGGAUGUGGCAGUGCACAGACCAGCCCUGCCCGGCCACCUGCGCGGUGUACGGCGACGGCCACUACCUCACCUUCGACGGGCAGCGCUACAGCUUCAGCGGAGACUGCGAGUACACGCUGCUUCAGGACCACUGCGGGGGGAACGGCAGCGCCCAGGACGGCUUCCGCGUCAUCACCGAGAACGUCCCCUGCGGCACCACCGGGACCACCUGCUCCAAGGCCAUCAAGAUCUUCCUGGGGAGCUACGAGCUGAAGCUGAGUGACGGGAACGUGGAGGUGAUCGAGAAGGAACGGGGGCAGCUGCCACCCUUCUCCAUCCGCCAGAUGGGCAUCUACCUGGUGGUAGAUACGGAUGUCAGCCUGGUGUUGCUGUGGGACAAGGGGACCAGCAUCUUCCUCAGACUCAGCCCCGAGUUCAAGGGGAGGGUCUGCGGGCUGUGCGGGAACUUUGACGACAAUGCCCUCAACGACUUCACCACACGGAGCCAGUCCGUGGUGGGCGACGCGCUGGAGUUCGGCAACAGCUGGAAAUUCUCCCCGUCCUGCCCGGACGCCCAGGCCCCCAAGGACCCCUGCGCCGCCAACCCGUACCGCAAGCCCUGGGCCCAGAAGCAGUGCAGCGUCGUCAACAGCGCCACCUUCAGCGCCUGCCACGCCCACGUGGAGUCGGCCAGGUACUACGAGGCCUGCGUGAGCGACGCAUGUGCCUGCGACUCGGGGGGUGACUGCGAGUGUUUCUGCACGGCCGUGGCCGCCUACGCCCAGGCCUGUCACGAAGCGGGCGUGUGCGUGUCCUGGCGGACCCCGGACGUCUGCCCCCUGUUCUGCGACUACUACAACCCCCAGGGCCAGUGCGAGUGGCACUACCAGCCCUGCGGGGCCCCCUUCCUGAGGACCUGCCGGAACCCCCGCGGCCAGUACCUGCACGACGUCCGCGGCCUGGAAGGCUGCUACCCCAAGUGCCCAUCAGAGGCCCCCAUCUUUGAUGAGGACCAGAUGCGAUGUGUAGCUUCAUGCCCAACCCCGACCCCACCAACGCCCUGCCGUGUCCAGGGCAAGUCCUACCGGCCGGGCUCCACGGUGCCCUUGGAAAAGAACUGCCACUACUGCGUUUGCACCGAGAGCGGCGUGCAUUGCACCUACGACUCUGAGGCCUGUGUCUGCACCUACGACGGGAAGCGCUUCCGUCCCGGGGAAGUCAUCUACCACACGACGGACGGCACGGGGGGCUGCAUCUCCGCCCACUGUGGGGCUAACGGCACCAUUGAGAGGAGGGUCGAAGCCUGCAGCCCUACCCCCCGCACCCCCCAAACCACCUUCAUCUUCUCCACAACCCCAUUCGUCAUGAGCUCCACGCUUCCACCCAGCACACACCCCAGCCCCUCCGAAAGCACAGCACACACUCCGAGCUCGGCCCCGGCCACCACCCCGGGCACAUCCCCUGGACCAACUCCUCCCACAGCCUCCUCCCCGCCCUCGUCCCGGCCGCACUGUGGGGAGGAGUGCCAGUGGUCGCCGUGGCUGGAUGUCAGCCGUCCGGGAUGGGGCAUAGACAGCGGUGACUUCGACACGCUGGAGAACCUCCGUGCCUAUGGGUACCGGGUUUGCCGAGCGCCGAGGGCGGUGGAGUGCCGAGCCGAGGGUGCCCCCGAGGUGCCGCUGGAAGUCCUGGGGCAGCACGUGGAGUGCAGCCCGACGGUGGGGCUGACCUGCUACAACAGGGACCAGGCCUCUGGGCGCUGUGACAACUACCAGAUCAGGAUCCUGUGCUGCUCCCCCCGGGCCUGCCCCACUAGCAGUACAGAGACCACCCCUCCUGCAACCUUCAGCACGACUGAAACUGGGCCCACGCCAGGAACCAGCAGGGUUACAUCUGUGCCGACAGGGAGCACAGGUUCCUCAGCCCCUGUCACCACACCUGGCCCAACCACUGCCUCUACGACUAGCAAAACACCUGGCCCAGGUACCUCUACACCUGCCCCAGGUACCCCAACAACUGGGAAAACAACCCUCUCGACUCCCAGCCGAGCGCCAGUUUCAACAACGGUUACAACCACAACCUCUGUGUCAACCACAACCCCAGGGCCCUCGAAGGGAACGUCAUCUGAGCCAACCCAGGUCACCUGUUUACAAGAAUCAUGCACCUGGACCAAGUGGAUUGACGGCAGCUACCCAGGGGCAGGGAGGAACAGUGGAGAUUUUGACAGUUUUCAGAAUCUGAGAUCCAAAGGUUAUAAAUUCUGUGCAAAGCCCAAGAACGUGGAAUGCCGGGCAGAGGUCUUUCCCAACACCCCAUUGCAGGCACUGGGGCAGAACCUGAUCUGUGACAAAAACGUGGGGCUGAUUUGCUGGAACAAAGACCAGCUGCCCCCCAUCUGCUACAACUACCAAAUCCGGAUCCUGUGCUGUGAGGUGGUGGAUGUUUGCAGAACAAAGAACACACCCCCUACCACACCUGGGCCCACACAGACGACCACAGGCGAAACCAGCACUGCCCGGGCCACUGCAACCUUCUCGUCUUCCACACAACACAGCACUGCCAGCUCGGCACACGUGCCCCCAAGAACGAGGGUCACAGCCAGAACAAAUGAGCGGACCUCUCCAGGGACCACCUCCUGCCAGCCACAGUGCACGUGGACCAAGUGGUUCGAUGUGGACUUCCCAUCUCCUGGGCCCCACGGAGGAGACUUUGAAACCUACAGCAACAUCGUCAGAAGAGGAGAGAAGAUCUGCCACCGACCCGAACACAUCAGCGCCCUGGAGUGCCGAGCCGAGAACCACCCAGAUGUCAGCAUCCAGACGCUGGGGCAGGUGGUGCAGUGCAGCCCGGAAGUGGGCUUGGUGUGUCGGAACCAGGACCAGAAGGGCAAGUUCAGGAUGUGCCUCAACUACGAGGUGCGCGUGCUGUGCUGUGAGCCCCAGGAAGGCUGCCCUGUCACACAUGUCACAGUUCCCAGCACCUCAAGUGUGAGUGUCACCAGCCACACAAGGACCACCUCCCAUGAGGCCACAUCCAGUGCAACCACUGUGCAGACAACCAGCCCAACCGCAGUGCCUAUAACCAGCACCACCACUGUGGAGACAACCAGCACAACCUCAGCUCUUACAACCAGCACCACUACUGUGGAGACAGCCAGCACAACCCCAGUUCCUACAAUUAUCACCACCACUGUGGAGACAACCAGCCCAACCACAGCUCCUAGAACCAGCACCACCACUGUGGAGACAACCAGCCCAACCACAGGUCCUACAAUUAGCACCACCACUGUGGAGACAACCACCACCACUGUGGAGACAACCGGCCCAACAUCAGCUCCUACAACCAGCACAACUUUUGUCCCUAUACCUGAAACUACCCCCUCCCAACCUGGGACAACCUCCUGCCAGCCACAGUGCACGUGGACCAAGUGGUUCGAUGUGGACUUCCCAUCUCCUGGGCCCCACGGAGGAGACUUUGAAACCUACAGCAACAUCGUCAGAAGAGGAGAGAAGAUCUGCCACCGACCCGAAUACAUCAGCGCCCUGGAGUGCCGAGCCGAGAACCACCCAGAUGUCAGCAUCCACACGCUGGGGCAGGUGGUGCAGUGCAGCCCGGAAGUGGGCUUGGUGUGUCGGAACCAGGACCAGAAGGGCAAGAUCAGGAUGUGCCUCAACUACGAGGUGCGCGUGCUGUGCUGUGAGCCCCAGAAAGGCUGCCCUGUCACACAUGUCACACUUCCCAGCACCUCAAGUGUGAGUGUCACCAGCCACACAAGGACCACCUCCCAUGAGGCCACAUCCAGUGCAACCACUGUGCAGACAACCAGCCCAACCACACCUCCUACAAUUAGCACCACCACUGUGGAGACAACCAGCACCACCACUGUGGAGACAACUGGCCCAACCACACCUCCUACAACCAGCACCACCACUGUGGAGACAACCAGCCCAACCACAGCUCCUACAACCAGCACCACCACUGUGGAGACAACCAGCCCAACCACAGCUCCUACAACCAGCACCACCACUGUGGAGACAACUGGCCCAACCACAGCUCCUACAACCAGCACCACCACUGUGGAGACAACCAGCCCAACCCCAGUUCCUACAAUUAUCACCACCACUGUGGAGACAACCAGCCCAACCACAGCUCCUACAACCAGCACCACCACUGUGGAGACAACCAGCCCAACCCCAGUUCCUACAAUUAUCACCACCACUGUGGAGACAACCAGCCCAACCACAGCUCCUACAACCAGCACCACCACUGUGGAGACAACUGGCCCAACCACACCUCCUACAACCAGCACCACCACUACAGCCAGCACAACCUCAGCUCCUACAACCAGCACCACCACUGUGGAGACAACCAGCCCAACCUCAGCUCCUUCAUCCAGCACAACUUUUGUCCCUAUACCUGAAACUACCCCCUCCCAACCUGGGACCACCUCCUGCCAGCCACAGUGCACGUGGACCAAGUGGUUCGAUGUGGACUUCCCAUCUCCUGGGCCCCACGGAGGAGACUUUGAAACCUACAGCAACAUCGUCAGAAGAGGAGAGAAGAUCUGCCACCGACCCGAAUACAUCAGCGCCCUGGAGUGCCGAGCCGAGAACCACCCAGAUGUCAGCAUCCAGACGCUGGGGCAGGUGGUGCAGUGCAGCCCGGAAGUGGGCUUGGUGUGUCGGAACCAGGACCAGAAGGGCAAGUUCAGGAUGUGCUUCAACUACGAGGUGCGCGUGCUGUGCUGUGAGCCCCAGGAAGGCUGCCCUGUCACACAUGUCACAGUUCCCAGCACCUCAAGUGUGAGUGUCACCAGCCACACAAGGACCACCUCCCAUGAGGCCACAUCCAGUGCAACCACUGUGCAGACAACCAGCCCAACCGCAGUGCCUAUAACCAGCACCACCACUGUGGAGACAACCAGCACAACCUCAGCUCUUACAACCAGCACCACUACUGUGGAGACAGCCAGCACAACCCCAGUUCCUACAACCAGCACCACCACUGUGGAGACAACCAGCCCCACCACAGCUCCUACAACCAGCACCACCACUGUGGAGACAACCAGCCCAACCACAGCUCCUACAACCAGCACAACCUCCGUGGAGACAACCAGCACAAACUCCGUGGAGAAAACCAGCACAACCUCAGCUCCUACAACCAGCACCACCACUGUGGAGACAACUGGCCCAACCACAGCUCCUCCAACCAGCACCACCACUGUUGAGACAGCCAGCACAACCUUAGCUCCUACAACCAGCACCACCACUGUUGAGACAGCCAGCACAACCUUAGCUCCUACAACCAGCACCACUACUGUGGAGACAACCAGCCCAACCCCAGUUCCUACAAUUAUCACCACCACUGUGGAGACAACCAGCACAACAUCAGCUCCUACAACCAGCACAACUUUUGUCCCGACGACCAGCACAACCUCAGCUCCUACAACCAGCACAACCUCCAUGGAGACAACCAGUACAACCUCUGUGGAGACAACCAGCACAACCUCAGCUCCUACAGAAGGCCCAACCUCUGUGGAGACGACCAGUGCAACCACAGCUCCUACAACCAGCCCAACCACAGUCCCUAUAACCAGCACAACCUCUGUGGAGACAACCAGCCCAACCACAGCUCCUACAACCAGCACCACCACUGUUGAGACAGCCAGCACAACCUCAGCUCCUACAACCAGCACCACCACUGUGGAGACAACCAGCCCAACCACAGCUCCUAGAACCAGCACCACCACUGUUGAAACGACCAGCACAACCUCAGCUCCUACAACCAGCACAACAUCUACAACCAGCCCAACCACAGGUCCUACAACCAGCACCACCACUGUUGAGACAGCCAGCACAACCUCAGCUCCUACAACCAGCACCACCACUGUGGAGACAACCAGCCCAACCUCAGCUCCUACAACCAGCACCACCACUGUGGAGACAACCAGCCCAACCUCAGCUCCUUCAUCCAGCACAACUUUUGUCCCUAUACCUGAAACUACCCCCUCCCAACCUGGGACCACCUCCUGCCAGCCACAGUGCACGUGGACCAAGUGGUUCGAUGUGGACUUCCCAUCUCCUGGGCCCCACGGAGGAGACUUUGAAACCUACAGCAACAUCGUCAGAAGAGGAGAGAAGAUCUGCCACCGACCCGAAUACAUCAGCGCCCUGGAGUGCCGAGCCGAGAACCACCCAGAUGUCAGCAUCCAGACGCUGGGGCAGGUGGUGCAGUGCAGCCCGGAAGUGGGCUUGGUGUGUCGGAACCAGGACCAGAAGGGCAAGUUCAGGAUGUGCUUCAACUACGAGGUGCGCGUGCUGUGCUGUGAGCCCCAGGAAGGCUGCCCUGUCACACAUGUCACAGUUCCCAGCACCUCAAGUGUGAGUGUCACCAGCCACACAAGGACCACCUCCCAUGAGGCCACAUCCAGUGCAACCACUGUGCAGACAACCAGCCCAACCGCAGUGCCUAUAACCAGCACCACCACUGUGGAGACAACCAGCACAACCUCAGCUCUUACAACCAGCACCACUACUACAGCCAGCAAAACCUCAGCUCCUACAACCAGCACCACCACUGUGGAGACAACCAGCCCAACCACAGCUCCUACAGGAAGUACCACCAUUGUGGAGACAACCAGCCCAGCCACAGCUCCUAGAACCAGCACCACCACUGUUGAGACAACCAGCACAACCUCAGCUCCUACAACCAGCACAACAUCUGCGGAUACAACCAGCUCAACCUCAGCUCCUACAACCAGCACAAUCUCUGUGCAGACAACCAGCCCAAGCACAGCACUUACAAUUAGCACCACCACUGUGGGGACAACCAGCCCAAUCACAACAACCAGCCCAACCACAGCUCCUUCAUCCAGCACAACUUUUGUCCCUAUACCUGAAACUACCCCCUCCCAACCUGGGACCACCUCCUGCCAGCCACAGUGCACGUGGACCAAGUGGUUCGAUGUGGACUUCCCAUCUCCUGGGCCCCACGGAGGAGACUUUGAAACCUACAGCAACAUCGUCAGAAGAGGAGAGAAGAUCUGCCACCGACCCGAACACAUCAGCGCCCUGGAGUGCCGAGCCGAGAACCACCCAGAUGUCAGCAUCCAGACGCUGGGGCAGGUGGUGCAGUGCAGCCCGGAAGUGGGCUUGGUGUGUCGGAACCAGGACCAGAAGGGCAAGUUCAGGAUGUGCUUCAACUACGAGGUGCGCGUGCUGUGCUGUGAGCCCCAGGAAGGCUGCCCUGUCACACAUGUCACAGUUCCCAGCACCUCAAGUGUGAGUGUCACCAGCCACACAAGGACCACCUCCCAUGAGGCCACAUCCAGUGCAACCACUGUGCAGACAACCAGCCCAACCGCAGUGCCUAUAACCAGCACCACCACUGUGGAGACAACCAGCACAACCUCAGCUCUUACAACCAGCACCACUACUGUGGAGACAGCCAGCACAACCCCAGUUCCUACAAUUAUCACCACCACUGUGGAGACAACCAGCCCAACCACAGCUCCUAGAACCAGCACCACCACUGUGGAGACAGCCAGCAAAACCUCAGCUCCUAGAACCAGCACCACCACUGUUGAGACAGCCAGCAAAACCUCAGCUCCUACAACCAGCACCACCACUGUGGAGACAACCAGCCCAACCACAGCUCCUACAGGAAGUACCACCAUUGUGGAGAUAACCAGCCCAGCCACAGCUCCUAGAACCAGCACCACCACUGUUGAGACAACCAGCACAACCUCAGCUCCUACAACCAGCACAACAUCUGCGGAUACAACCAGCUCAACCUCAGCUCCUACAACCAGCACAAUCUCUGUGCAGACAACCAGCCCAAGCACAGCACUUACAAUUAGCACCACCACUGUGGGGACAACCAGCCCAAUCACAGCUCCUAAAACCAGCACCACCACUGUGGAGACAACAAGCCCAACCACAGCUCCUAGAACCAGCACCACCACUGUUGAGACAGCCAGCACAACCACAGCUCCUACAACCAGCACCACCACUGUUGAGACAACCGGCCCAUCCACAGCUCCUAGAACCAGCACCACCACUGUGGAGACAACUGGCCCAACCACAGCUCCUAGAACCAGCACCACCACUGUGGAGACAACCAGCCCAACCUCAGCUCCUUCAUCCAGCACAACUUUUGUCCCUAUACCUGAAACUACCCCCUCCCAACCUGGGACCACCUCCUGCCAGCCACAGUGCACGUGGACCAAGUGGUUCGAUGUGGACUUCCCAUCUCCUGGGCCCCACGGAGGAGACUUUGAAACCUACAGCAACAUCGUCAGAAGAGGAGAGAAGAUCUGCCACCGACCCGAAUACAUCAGCGCCCUGGAGUGCCGAGCCGAGAACCACCCAGAUGUCAGCAUCCAGACGCUGGGGCAGGUGGUGCAGUGCAGCCCGGAAGUGGGCUUGGUGUGUCGGAACCAGGACCAGAAGGGCAAGUUCAGGAUGUGCCUCAACUACGAGGUGCGCGUGCUGUGCUGUGAGCCUCAGAAAGGCUGCCCUGUCACACAAGUCACAGUUCCCAGCACCUCAGGUGUGAGUGUCACCAGCCACACAAGGACCACCUCCCAUGAGGCCACAUCCAGUGCAACCACUGUGCAGACAACCAGCCCAACUGCAGUGCCUAUAACCAGCACAACCUCUGUGGAGACGACCAGCACAACCUCAGCUCCUACAACCAGCACAACCUCCAUGGAGACAACCAGUACAACCUCUGUGGAGACAACCAGCACAACCUCAGCUCCUACAGAAGGCCCAACCUCUGUGGAGACGACCAGUGCAACCACAGCUCCUACAACCAGCCCAACCACAGUCCCUAUAACCAGCACAACCUCUGUGGAGACAACCAGCCCAGCCACAGCUCCUACAACCAGCACCACAACUGUUGAGACAGCCAGCACAACCUCAGCUCCUACAACCAGCACCACCACUGUGGAGACAACCAGCCCAACCACAGCUCCUAGAACCAGCACCACCACUGUUGAAACGACCAGCACAACCUCAGCUCCUACAACCAGCACAACAUCUACAACCAGCCCAACCACAGCUCCUACAACCAGCACCACCACUGUGGAGACAACCAGCCCAACCACAGCUCCUACAACCAGCACCACCACUGUGGAGACAACCAGCCCAACCCCAGUUCCUACAAUUAUCACCACCACUGUGGAGACAACCAGCCCAACCACAGCUCCUACAACCAGCACCACCACUGUGGAGACAACCAGCCCAACCACAGGUCCUACAAUUAGCACCACCACUCUGGAGACAACCAGCUCAACCACAGCUCCUAGAACCAGCACCACCACUGUGGAGACAACUGGCCCAACCACACCUCCUACAACCAGCACCACCACUGUGGAGACAACCAGCCCAUCCACAGCUCCUACAACCAGCACCACCACUGUUGAGACAACCAGCCCAACCACAGCUCCUACAACCAGUACCAUCACUGUGGAGACAACUGGCCCAACCACAGCUCCUACAACCAGCACCACCACUGUUGAGACAACCGGCCCAUCCACAGCUCCUAGAACCAGCACCACCACUGUGGAGACAACCAGCUCAACCACAGCUCCUACAACCAGCACCACCACUGUGGAGACAACCAGCCCAACCACAGCUCCUACAACCAGCACCACCACUGUUGAGACAACCGGCCCAUCCACAGCUCCUACAACCAGCACCACCACUGUGGAGACAACCAGCCCAACCACAGCUCCUACAACCAGCACCACCACUGUGGAGACAACCAGCCCAACCACAGCUCCUACAACCAGCACCACCACUGUUGAGACAACCGGCCCAUCCACAGCUCCUAGAACCAGCACCACCACUGUGGAGACAACCAGCCCAACCACAGCUCCUAGAACCAGCACCACCACUGUUGAGACAGCCAGCACAACCACAGCUCCUACAACCAGCACCACCACUGUUGAGACAACCGGCCCAUCCACAGCUCCUACAACCAGCACCACCACUGUUGAGACAGCCAGCACAACCUCAGCUCCUACAACCAGCACCACCACUGUGGAGACAACUGGCCCAACCACAGCUCCUUCAUCCAGCACAACUUUUGUCCCUAUACCUGAAACUACCCCCUCCCAACCUGGGACCACCUCCUGCCAGCCACAGUGCACGUGGACCAAGUGGUUCGAUGUGGACUUCCCAUCUCCUGGGCCCCACGGAGGAGACUUUGAAACCUACAACAACAUCGUCAGAAGAGGAGAGAAGAUCUGCCACCGACCCGAACACAUCAGCGCCCUGGAGUGCCGAGCCGAGAACCACCCAGAUGUCAGCAUCCAGACGCUGGGGCAGGUGGUGCAGUGCAGCCCGGAAGUGGGCUUGGUGUGUCGGAACCAGGACCAGAAGGGCAAGUUCAGGAUGUGCCUCAACUACGAGGUGCGCGUGCUGUGCUGUGAGCCCCAGAAAGGCUGCCUUGUCAACUCUGUGACUCCCUUUGUGACUUCAAGUCCCCAGUCCUCACUCUCUCCCGAGUCCACCACCUUCACGGUUUCCCUGGUGACCUCCCACAGCUCCGCAGCGCCCUCCACCUCCACGUGCUACUGCAGUGUGGCCCACGGGUUCUACUCCGCAGGAUCCAUCAUUUACCAACAGACGGACCUCUCCGGGCACUGCUAUUAUGCCGUUUGCAGCCUGGACUGCCACGUGGUCAGGCGGACCGACCACACCUGUCCCACCAGCACGCCACCUCCCGCCCCGGCCACCUCCACGCCAGCGUCCUCCCCUUCUGCCUCUGUGCCCGCUCCUCAGCGAGGAUGCCCAAAUGCAGUCCCCCCAAGAAUGAAAGGCGAAACCUGGGCCAUGCCCAACUGCUCUGAGGCUACUUGUGAGGGCAACGGGGCCAUCACUGUGAGGUCGCGCCAGUGUCCAAAGGUGCAGGAGCUCACCUGCGCCAAUGGCUACCCCGCUGUGACGGUGGCCAACCAGGAGGACUGCUGCCCACACUACAUGUGCCAGUGUGUGUGUAGCGGCUGGGGCGACCCCCACUACCUCACUUUUGAUGGUACAUACUACACGCUUCUGGAUAACUGCACGUACGUGCUGGUGCAGCAGAUCGUGCCCGUGUUCGGACACUUCCGGGUGCUGAUCGACAACUACUUCUGUGAUGCUGAGGAUAGGCUGUCCUGCCCACAGUCCAUCAUCGUCGAGUACCAGCAGGACCGCGUCGUGCUGACCCGCAAGCCCGUCCGAGGGGUGAUGACCAAUGAGAUCAUCUUCAACGGUGAGGUGGUCAGACCCGGCUUCCAGAAAGACGGCAUCAUCGUCUCCCAAAUCGGCAUCAAGAUGUACGUGGCCAUCCCCGCCCUCGGUGUCCAGGUCAUGUUCAGCGGCCUCAUCUUCUCCGUGGAGGUGCCUUUCAGCAAGUUCAGCAACAACACGGAAGGGCAGUGCGGCACCUGUACCAACGACCAGAAGGACGAGUGCCGCCUGCCCGGGGGGGCGGUGGUAUCUUCUUGCUCCGACAUGUCCGGCCACUGGAAUGUGACAUACCCCGGCCAGCCAUCCUGCCACAGGCCUCCCCUGACGCCCACCACAGUUGAGCCCAAGAAAUCGCCCACCUCGUGCCCACCUUCGCCAAUCUGCCUGCUAAUUCUGAGCGAGGUCUUCAAGCCGUGUCACUCGGUGAUCCCCCCGUGGCCAUACUACCAAGGCUGCACCUUCGACCAGUGCCACAUGCCCAGGGGGGACGUGGUGUGCUCCAGCCUGGAGCUGUACGCCACCCUGUGUGCUUCGCUCAGUGUGUGCAUCGACUGGCGGGGCCUGACCAACCACACGUGCUCUUUCACCUGCCCUGCUGACAAGGUGUACCGGCCCUGCGGCCCGUCCAAUCCUUCCUACUGUUACAUGAACGACAGUGCCAACACCCUGGCCCUCCCGGAAGCCAUUCCCAUCACGGAAGGCUGCUUCUGCCCGGAGGACAUGAUGCUGUUCAGCUCGGGCACGGAGGUCUGCGUGCCAGCCAACUGCAGCAGUUGCCUGGGGCCCCACGGGGAGCCAGUGGAGCCUGGCCACACUGUCAGCGUGGGCUGUCAAGAGUGCACCUGCAAGGGCAGCACCCGGACUCUGAGCUGCCAGACUCGGCCCUGCCCCCUGCCCCCCACCUGCCCCGAGCCCGGCUUCGUGCCAGCGCCCGCGGCCCUGCAGACCGGCCAGUGCUGUCCCCAGUACACCUGCGUCUGCAACGCCACACACUGCCCCGCGCCCGUGGACUGUCCGGAAGGCUCCCACUCCAUCCUGACCUAUAAGGAAGGGGCUUGCUGCCCGACCCGAAACUGCAGCUGGACCGUCUGCAGCAUCAACGGCACCUUGUACCAGCCUGGUGCCAUAGUUUCCUCGAACCUGUGCGAAAAGUGUUGGUGUGAGUUGGCCGGUGGCCCCCAGUCGGACACGUUCGUGAUCAGCUGUGAGACCCAGAUCUGCAGCACCCGUUGCCCCGUGGGCUUCGAGUACCAGACACGGAGCGGGCAGUGCUGUGGCGAGUGUGUACAGGUGGCCUGUGUCAUGAACACCAGCAGCAGCUCCGCCCACCUCUUCUACCCCGGCGAGCCCUGGUCCGACCCCAGGAGCCGCUGCGUGACACACGAGUGUGAGAAGCACCAGGAUGGGCUCGUGGUGGUGACCACGAAGAAGGCGUGUCCCCCACUCAGCUGUCCUGCGGACAAGGCUCGGCUGAGCGAGGACGGCUGCUGCCUCGCCUGCCCCCAGAACAGGUCGACCUGCACCGUGUACCACAAGCUCCAGGUCCUCCGGCAGCCAGGCUGCAGCUCCGUGGAGCCCGUGCGCCUCACCUACUGCCAGGGCAACUGUGGGGACACCGGCUCCGUGUACUCCCUGGAGGCCCACACUGUGGAGCACAGGUGCAGGUGCUGCCGUGAGCUGCGGGCCUCUCUGCGGAACGUGACCCUGCGCUGUGAGGACGGCUCCAGCCGGGCCUUCAGCUACACGGAGGUGGAGGAGUGCGGCUGCGUGGGCCUGCAGUGCGACUCCCACGGGGGCCUCAGCCGCUCAGGGGAGGUGCAGCUGGAGCAGGGUGCCGAGCGGAGCCAGGAGACGGGGCUCAGGCACUGGAGGAGAGGGGCCCCGGGUCCCCGGCCUUCGCAGUAGACGGGCCGGAGCCCCGCCCUGUCCCUCCAGGACAGGCCCACAAGAACGUUUGUACUUGCUGCAAUCUCAGCCUCCAAGGCCAGUGGAACCUGAGCCCCGGCCCAGAUGACCCAAGCCUAGGAUGCACGGUCCACCCCUCUCGUCCCUCUCCGGGUCCAGCGGCCCCGGGUGUGCAGUGGCCCUGACGGGAUUGCAGCUGCCUGCUCUGGACCAGCCCGGGUGGGCAGGGGGUGGGGGAGGCUCCUCUGGCUGUGGGUCCAGCCUGCUGGUCCCUGCCUUCAGCAUCACGUAAGGGCCUGAUCCACAGCGGUCCCUCAGAUGCAGCAAUUGACUGCUCGGCCGGCCACUGGGAGGCAGAGCCUCACCCCUGCCUCGGCCCUGGGCCUCAGGAAAGGGCCGUCGGUUUCGGAAAUACAC